GAAGACACUAACUAUGCUAGUUAGAUAGAAGUAUUUGCGAAUAUAUACUCUGUAGUAUAAUGCAUGGCAGAUAUACUUGUAUUGACACUAGUCUUCCAUUACAUUACCUAAAGUUCCCUUUUCCUAGAUAAGCACUAAUCAAGGGCUCUGAAACCAGAAGAUCCACUUGAGAGAAGCACAGCCAUGUUGAGAAGGGCGUCAAUGCAGGUAUUCCGGCAGUAUGUCCGAUAUCAGUCAAAUGAAAUGAACUCCCUCAUCCUGGAGAGAUCUAUGAACCGAGUGCAGCUCCUGGGGCGCGUGGGUCAGGACCCAGUGAUGCGGCAGGUCGAGGGGAGGAACCCUGUCACCAUCUUCUCCAUGGCAACCAAUGAGAUGUGGCGAUCGGGGGAAGGGGACACCACUUCUACAGGAGAUGUCACCCAGAAGACCACAUGGCACAGGAUCUCUGUGUUCCGGCCAGGGCUGCGGGAUGUGGCUUACCAAUAUGUGAAAAAGGGAGCUCGUGUUCUGGUUGAAGGAAAGCUUGAUUAUGGGGAAUAUGUGGAUAAAAACAACGUCAGACGACAAGCCACCACCAUUAUAGCAGACAAUAUCGUCUUUUUAAGUGACAACUUGAAGGAGAGAGCGUGAGAAAACCAGCCGUCGUCGGUUCCGCAAACCCUGACGUUCCUCUAGCAGAAAAAAGCCUUUUAUAUUUUAGUAUUGAAGUAUCGAGAGAACACUGGUUAUAAAGUGGUCUCUAAUUACGGAUUUGGCUAUGUAUAUUUGUGUGUAAAAGGAUGCUAGUGGAUGGUGUUCUUUUAAUUUAGGUAGCAUUCCCUUGUGAGCAAUGUUCUUGGCACUUAAAGUUCUGAAGACUGCAACAACGUAUUUCAGUUAACUGACUAAUUCUCAAGAGAUGAAUAUUGAAACUUAAUGGAUCCUCAUUCUCAGCCAGUCAGAUUGUCUUGCAUGUGAACAAUUUAAGGUGUCAGUUGAUCAUUUUGAUACCAAAAAAAACAAGUUUGAAGUUUCUGAGGGACUGUAAUUUCUAUAAAAGUUUUCUCUUUCUUGUUCCAACUGGGUACUGUAGAUACUGCUUUGAUGGGUUUGAUAUCGUCAUGCAUGAAAACCAGAUGGCAUCUAUUUCUACUGAUGGCUUCAAUCUACUUUUUGUUAAGUGCCCUUUGUAUCAAAUCAAGGCAUUGAACAGUCACUGCUGAAUCAGAAAUCCAGAUCCAAAAGAGACUUACUAGAUUUCUCACUGUGCAAAGGUUGAGUAUCCACAAGGCCUGUUUUGGGGCAAAGGGUUAUCUUUGCAGUGUAAUUAAUAACAUUGAGCAACAUUUAAAACAGUAAAGAAACAUAAUUGGAAAGUAGAUGUUGUUCCUUCCAUUCAUAAUGUUAUCUUUUCUAAUCUGUGUAGUUUGCCUGUGCAACAAGCCACGGGGACUUCAUCUCCCAUUCAGAAUUAUAAGAAUGUAUUUUUCGUUUGCGUUUUUCUGCAUUACUGCUGCUUUGGUCACUAGUACAGUAGUCUCUGGCUAAGAGAACCCCCUCGGGAAGCAAGCAAAGUCUAAUUAAGACAAAGAGUUGUCAUGACGUGCGUGCAUCAACAUGAAAUAAACUGAAUAAGAAGAAGAAAAGCAACAGGCAAUUGUAUGUUAAUAAACUAGACUAAUAAAGUAACAGACUGUG